AUGAAGGAAAUGUCCUGCUUCUGCUUGGCUUUUUCUUCCUUGUUGGAACAGAUGGUGAAGGCUUACAAAUACGUGACUGGUAUUUUUUUAGUGACUCAUAGCUCAGAGCCACAGGUUUCAGAUGCUGUUAAGAAGCUCACCAGGAUGGAUGUAAGCAUGCUUGAGGAGCAGUAUGACCAUAUAAAACAGAAGCAAAAACUGCAACCACACAUUAUUGUAUAUAAAACAGGUGGACAUGAAUCUGCUCUGCCAGAAUCAAUGAUCAACCCUGUUCUAAUUAAUAAGAAAGUUAAAAGAUCAAAGUCAUGUAGAGGAGAUGUCCCUGUCAGAAAGGUCCCACUGGAGACAACCAAGGGCGGCGGCUCAGAAGAGGAUUUGCUAUGGCGCGUCCACCUGGGCAGGCACCGCCUGGGGCAGGCCCUGGGACAAGGAGGUUCCUGGGAUCUCUCCCACUGCAGCAGCACACCAUGGAGUUUUGACAACCAGAGACUGAUUUCAAAGGGAAAUGGCACACUGCAGACCGAGGAAUCAGCAGGAGCAAGUGAACUGGCUGAGCUCAGGCAGCUGGGAAGCUCAAGUGUGUUGAACAGUGUCAGCAGAGAGAACGGCUGCAACAUUUCAAGCUCCUGCCAAAAGCCUCCUCUGAAAUCACCCACUGCAGCACUUUGGGCACAUCAGCACAUUUCUGCUACAAAAGGCAUGCCAGCCUGCAACAAACUGAACUUUUACCCUUUCCCAAAUAGGAAAGGGCCCAGAAUUUCUGAAGCUGCAAGGAGGCUUGGGUUGUAUGUCUCACAAUGA